AGACCAACCCAGCCAUUUCCCCUGCUUGCACUUGCACAUAUAGCUCACUGCCAGUGCCAAGUGCCAACUGCUGGCUUACAAGAAGCGUGGACCAACCAUGGCCAACAUGCUCGCUACUUCCCUCCUCGCCGCCGCCGUCCUCCUGGCGCUCGCCGCCCCUGCUGCAGUGCUCGCCGGCGACCCCGACAUGCUCCAGGACAUCUGCGUCGCCGACUACAAAUCCCUCAAGGGCCCACUGCGGCUGAACGGAUUCCCGUGCAAGAGGCCGGAGAACGUGACGGCGAAGGACUUCUUCUCCAACGCGGUGGCGAUCGCCGGCAACACGAGCAACGCGUUGGGUUCCGCGGUGACGUCGGCGAACGUGCAGACGCUGCCGGGGCUGAACACGCUGGGCGUGUCGGUGUCGCGCAUCGACUUCGCGGCGUGGGGCGUGAACCCCCCGCACGUCCACCCGCGCGCCACCGAGGUCAUCUUCGUCCUCGAGGGAUUCCUCGACGUCGGCUUCGUCACCACCGGCAACCGCCUGUACGCGCGCACCGUCAGCGCCGGCGAGGUCUUCGUCUUCCCCCGGGGGCUCGUCCACUACCAGAGGAACAACGGCCGCGGCGCCGCCGCGGUGCUCUCCGCCUUCGAUAGCCAGCUGCCUGGCACGCAGUCCGUCGCCGAGGCCCUCUUUGGCGCCUCGCCGCCGGUGCCCACCGACGUGCUCGCUAGGAGUUUCCAGGUCGACGCAGGACUCGUGGAGGACAUCAAAUCCAAGUUUCCUUCCAAGUAGGGGCUGCUGUCUCAUGCGCCUCAUCAGCUCAUGCAUGGAAUUAAUGCAAGCACCAUGCACGUACGUACUAUAUACGUACUAUACACUUACGCCGAUCGAUCAACCGAGUGUGUGAUUUAAUUGAACAAGUGUCGUCAUCAUUUUGUAUUCUAGCUGUAAAAGCAAGUGUGAUGGGUCAAUUAAUUCGUUGGGUUCUUUUUAGUUCUUGGUGAGGUCGUGAUGGCCAUGCAUGGCUUCACCGACAGUUCACUGUUGUUGCGUUUCAAUUUCUUCCCCAUGUGAUCGAGACUUGUAAGGUGGUGUGUUUCCGUGUCAAUUUGCAAAUCCAGAGUAAUGAGGUGUCCUGAUUGGUGCCUGAUCAAA